AUGCAUCCGAAUUUCCUCUACGGGAAAGUAUUGCCCGAUGGGAAGCCGAAUUUUCUUACGGAUUACGAGUUGAGUUUCAAGAAUUGCAAUUUCAGCGCCGGGGCCGACCAUGCCAAGUGUUGCGUCGGAGGACAUUUCGGAAGGGACCUUAGUUUCGGCCAUUUAUAUACCAUCAGCAAAAACGAACGCCUGGCAGAGGAACGAACGUACGACGAACCCUACACAGGAGAUCUGCCCAGAAGAUCCUGGCUAUGUUGUCCGGGUUCUCACCAACAUGUAGGAGAUGGCGAGCAACCUCCUUUGUUAGACACGGCCACCACGUCAUCGAAGACUCCAUCUACACCACUGACCGAUGCUAUUACUAAACCGCCAGGAUAUAACGUCUGUUCGGGAACUUGUGAAAGACUCCAAAGGCAAUUAGACGAACAAGCCAAACACUAUGAGUGGCAGUUAACGGAGAUGCAUUCGAUUAUCGCUGAACAGGCACGAGCAUUGCAUGAACAUCGGAUUAUGCCCUUACCUGAAGAAGAGGAGGCCUCAGAAUGUACGAGCGCUCAUGAAGAAUCAGUCACUUGCCCUUUAGAAGUCAGCGAAUUAGAAGCCAUAGAUAACGAACUUUCUGACGUCGAGAAUAAAACACCAUUUCCUGAAAGCCCUCAGGCCCUACCCGAGCCAAAAUUAACCUUGUCGCAUCACGAAAACAACGAGCUUUCCCCGUAUGCGGAACUAGUAGAACCUCUCAAAAGCGAGAUAACGAGUCUCAAACAACAACUUCACGAAGCUCACACCAGAUUGGCCCAUAUGGCUUUAUCAAAAAUCGAAGAGACUGGAGACGAAGAAACCAUUACGACGACAAAUAGCAAAAAUAUUGAAUCGCCAGAAUCUCACAUGGAACUAGACUGUGAACCAAGAAUGUACCAAGAAGAAAAGUUCGAUAUAAAAUUCAGUAAUAUCGUGCCCAUCCAUAGAGCCAACGUCCGUAACCAUAGUUAUUCCUCGGCCCCCGUAACCAAAGUUGCGGAAAGAAUAAAACUGAAGAGGGCCACAGAUCAGCGAAACAUAAAUCCGAACGAUUUAUUAAAUUCUGAUCUGUCGACAGCCGUCGCUGAGCAUAUUGUAGGUGAUAUUUUGAAGCAAUGCGAUAUUCAAGCGGAGAAACAGGGUUUGGAUAUUGAAAUUAGAAAAAUAAACGCGAAAUUGGAGAAUUCUAGGUCGCAGAAUUCCGUAUUGGCAUUGACGUUAUCAGAAACGAAAGCACAUUGUGAUAGAUUGGCCUUAUUGUGUGGUAAAUACGAGUCGAAUGCCAUAGCCCUCCAGUUGGCGUUGGGUAUAAGCGAUAGAAUAAUAGAAGCGUACGAUGUUCUUUUGGCCUUACUCGAAACCGAGUUGAGUCUGAAGGAGGACGAUUCGGAAACGUUGCAGAAUAGGAGCGAAGCGGAAGCUGUAGCCAAACAAUUGUUGCAUCAUUUGGAUUCAUUUCAUAGCACCGACAUAUUGCUAUCGCCUUGGCAGAAUCAUUCGUACAAUAGUUCCACUAUUGACAGCGAUGAACCUUGGACUUCGGAACACGAAAUGAGAUUGAGGGAGCACGUUUCAAGGCUAAAAGCCGAAAGAAGCUGUAUCCAAGGAACUUAUGUUGUUUUGGAAUCCACCCAACUUGAAAAUGUACCUGUACGACCUUCCAGUAAUCAAGAAGCUAGGAAAAUGGACCUAGAGAUGGCUGUAUUGAUGCAGGAGCUGAUGGGUUUACGAGAAGACAAGUCUGAACUUAUUUCCAAAUUAUUCGGGUUAGAAAAAGAAAAAUGUGCCAUAGAAUUAAAGCUGAAGUAUUCUGAAGGUCAGCAGAAAGCUCAGUCAGCAACUCUAAAGAAUCUUCAAGGACAGCUGAAGGACACUGAAGCUUUAUUAGCAAUAGCGACACAGAAUAAGGAACAAGGAUACUCUGAUGCAGAACAUGCGCAAGGGAUUGAAUUGGAGUUGAUGCAGGCGUUGGCGAGAGAGGCAAGACUGAAAGUUAGGUUACAAGAAUUGGUGGCGACUUUGGAACAGGUUACAAAGAAUGCCGAGGCGAGAUUAUUGGAGGGAAGAGAAAUAGUACAAGAUUUAAAUCACACUAAUAGUAUAUUAGCCGACACCGUAGACAGAAAUAAUAAAAAAUAUCAAGCCAAAUUUAAGAAAAUGGAGCAACAGAUGUUCUUGUUAGUAGAAAAGCACAACGUACAGGUUCACAACCUGCAACAAAGGAUAGCUACACUAGAAACGCCGCCAACAAAUAGUUCGGAGAAUUCCAUAAAUUCUGUAGCAGUUUAG